AUGUCUGAGCAACUGACCUUUCCCGCCGAGUCGGCAGCUCUUCUCGAGCCUCGUUUACCACCAAAGUCGGACGCCACGGAGGCCUCGAGAUCACGCCCCUUUGUUACAUUGACAUUCGCAACUUCACUUGAUUCCAGCCUCUCUCUGUCGCCUGGAGUCCGCACCCGACUUUCUGGCCCAGGCUCAAAAGCAAUGACCCACUAUCUACGGACUCGGCAUUCAGCCAUCUUGGUUGGCGUAUCGACUGUGUUGGCAGAUGAUCCGGCCCUCAACUGCCGGAUUGCAGGGACGCCUUCCCAGCCUCGGCCGAUCGUCAUCGAUGCCAAUCUCCGCUGGACCCCGCGCCAUUCCGACAAGGUCUUCGAAGUGUGCCGAAAUGGCAUUGGACUUGCACCUUUCAUCCUUACUGGCGUAGAUGAAUCAAGCCUGCCUCGUGGGAGUGUCGAGUUGCUUCAUGAGCAUGGAGGGAAAUAUAUCCAUAUCCCUGCUUCCCGCUCUCAAUCAACUGAUCGGCUCCGAUUCGACUGGAAUGACAUUCUGGCUGCCCUCCAAGCUGAAGGCUUGUCCAGCGUCAUGGUGGAAGGCGGUGGCCAGAUUAUCAACUCGCUGCUGGACCCUGCCUACCACGACUUGAUUGACUCUGUCAUUGUGACGAUCGCACCGACAUGGCUGGGACAAGGCGGCGUGGUGGUAUCUCCAGACCGAGUUACUGACACGGCAGGAGUCCCUCUACCAGUCGCGAGAUUAUCGCAUGUAUCGUGGCAUCCAUUCGGCGAAGAUGUUGUCUUGUGCGGCACGCUCCGGCAGUAG